UGUGGUAGUUAUGAAUCAAAAUAGGAAUCAGGAAAGAGACGAGGCUUAUCAGAAUGCUGCUCGGGUUGCACGUAAUUUUCAAAAUCGACCGGCCGGCGCGGCUCAACCACAUCCGAAUCUUAAUCCCAAUUAUCAGAAUCCCGUUGAUCUUGUUAGAAAUUAUAACAGAGUUCGACAACAUCAGGAACCAGAAGAAAAUAUUUACGAAAGAUUGGACAACGACGACGAUGACGAAGACAACCAAGGCGAACAUAACGCUGAAGGUGGUCGUAACGAUCUCGUUAAUAAUCCGAAUAAUCAAAAUCCUACGGAUGAUCAUAUUUACGAGAGAAUUGACGAUCGAUCUUCUUGCCGUAAUAGAGCUUACUCUCGUUUGAAAUAUCAAAUGUUGAAUCUGUUCUCUGGUGGUCAUUUCUUGAACGAGAUCGAUUCGAGAAAUUUUAAUCAAUACGAUCAACCUCGACACGUCUAUUUGGAUUCCUCUAGAAUGGGCAAUCAAUUUUGUCAAAGCCGUUUAGGAAGACUCGGACGGAAUUGUUUUUCCAGUGAAAAUCUCGCUUAUGCGUCUACCAGACGAUCAGCUUAUCCUUUGGGUUACAACUGUUCUUGUCCUUACUGCAGGCAUAUGGAUUCGAGAUACGUUUGCCAUUAUUGUCAGAGUUUACAUAAUAGACUUCGUUAUCAAGAUACUGCCAAUACCGCGAGACAGUAUAUAUAUCAAUUAUCUAGAAACUGCAAAUGUCCCUUUUGUCGUGGCGAUUAUGCCUCUUACGCAAAACUCUCUGCCAGUAAUAAUCGAUCAUCCGAAUCAUCAUCUUCCAGAGGUAAGGAUUCUCAUCAUAGAAGUUCUGCUAGUUGUGUUUGUCGAAACAAGACAAUGCCUAGCUCGAGUUCAUCGAUGCAAGUUGGAAGAUAUGUCGACUGGAUCAAUAGAAUUGGUUCAUCCGUUAAUAAUCCAUUGUAUGCAACGAUUCACAUCGGUAGAAUCGAUCGAUCUUGUUCUGGCUCAGCACCUACUGGUAAUUCUGAUAAUACCGGUGCUUCAACAUCCUCAGCAGGAUCAACAGAAGCUGGUACUUCAGCGAAUAUCAGAUCGAUCCUUGCCUCUACCUCUUACAAUCCUUCUACUUCGUCAGCUUCCGUUUGUCCCGUGAAUCGUUCAGCGGAACGUCAACACACGUGCGACGAUUCUUGCAUAAGAAAUCAGAAUUUAGCUAGGAUUUGUCAGUUUCUUGGUAGAUGUGAAAGAGCAGAAUGUAAUCACAGUAGACUGUCGGUUCAUUGGUGGUUCGUUAAUAGAUGGUUUAAUCCUGAAAGAAACGUUGACAAUGCUCCUGUCGAGGAAGAACCACGCGAACGUCAAGAGAGUGAUAGCGACGAUUCUUAAAUAUUCUGUUAAACUAUGAUUUUCAAUUUACCUUACUUUUCUAUCAUAUUGUCUAUCAUAUCUUCUUUUUAAAUAUCACUGAUAAAGUUCUUUCUCCUAACGAAUAAUCUAUAAUUUCUCAAGUGCUAAUUUAUCUCUCAUUUUUCAUUAUGUGUAAUGACAAUAGUUGUAGAGUUCCAGGUUGUGAUAUUUACUAGGAUAUAAUGUUUAAAUAAGUCUACUUCUAGGAUGUCAGUAGAGAGGUCGUUCGAUUGUAGUGUUCUAGUUUAUUUUUUUCUUUUUUAUAUAUAUAUAUAUAGAUAUAGAUAUAUUUUUAAAAAAUACUGUAGCUUCGUAGCACCAAUUUGUGUUAUAUAAAUAACUGGCGCCGUGUGUUGUAUAUUAAUAUAAUAAUAAUAAUGAUAAUGAUAAUGAUAAUGACAAAUAAUUGACAAUGUUCUCCGUUUGCUAUAUAGAUCAUAAUCUACGUAGAAUAGAAUCUAUUAAAUAGAAUUUAAUAAUGAUCUACAUCGGUGAACAUUUAAAUUUUCAGCCGUCUAGAAAUAUUAAUAGCCAUUUUCUAAGCUUGAUCAUAGAAUUAAACGACCUACUCGCUGCUUCCACAAUUUAAAAAAAAAAGAAAAGAAAAAGGAAAAAAGAAUCUCUACAUUUACAAAUGAUAAGACUUGAUGUUAUUAUACUCGUAUAUAUUUAGAUAAAAGAUUAAUCAGUAUUUUUAAAAAAUUGCCUUUGCAUACUGCUCGAUUAAACAAUUCGAUAAAGUUUUCAGAUUUGCUAAAAAGGAAACAAAAAAUAGAAUCGUAUUAUACGUUUCUAUUUAAAGUAAAAAAGUGUAAAUAAUCUUUCGUAAUUCGAUCGUCAUUGUGGUAUUUAUCUAAAAAAGAAAAAAAAAAAAGAAAAAAUGGAUUUAAAGAGAGGAGAGCAUUGUAAAGGCAACUUGCGAAACGUGUCGAUAAUUUGAUGAAUGAUUCUUAUGCGCCAAUUAAUAUAGAUUAAGAUAAAAAAAAAAAAAAGAUAAAGAUCUCUCACGCUUAAGAAAUUAAAAAAAUGAAAGCAGAAGAAAAGAAAAGUAACAAAUUAAAUGAAAUAAAAUAAUUGAAAUGAAUUAUAUCGAUUCUCUUAAAAGAAUCCGAUUAAUUUGAACUCCGACGGUACAAGUUAAAUUCUUAAACGUAUUAUCUAUAUUUAUUUUUUGUAUUUCGGGGAAGAAGCAGAUGUUAUAUACAUAUAUCAACGUUGUGAUCAACGUCUAAUUAAUAAAGGAUCUUAUGAUAGAUAA